UGCAGACAGCUGCACAGCAAGUGGCAGAGGAUAAAUUUGUUUUUGACUUGCCUGAUUAUGAGAGUAUCAACCAUGUUGUGGUUUUUAUGCUGGGAACAAUCCCGUUUCCUGAGGGAAUGGGAGGAUCUGUCUACUUUUCCUACCCUGAUUCAAAUGGGAUGCCUGUAUGGCAACUCCUAGGAUUUGUCACAAAUGGGAAACCAAGUGCCAUCUUCAAAAUUUCAGGUCUUAAAUCUGGAGAAGGAAGCCAACACCCUUUUGGAGCCAUGAAAAUUGCCCGAACUCCAUCUGUUGCUCAGAUUGGAAUUUCAGUUGAAUUACUGGACAGUUUGGCUCAACAGACUCCAGUAGGCAAUGCUGCUGUGUCAUCAGUUGACUCAUUCACUCAGUUCACACAAAAGAUGUUGGACAAUUUCUACAAUUUUGCUUCAUCAUUUGCUGUGUCUCAGGCCCAGAUGACACCAAGUCCGUCUGAAAUGUUCAUUCCAGCAAAUGUGGUUCUGAAAUGGUAUGAAAACUUUCAAAGACGACUAGCACAGAACCCUCUCUUUUGGAAAACAUAAUUUGAAUAAAAUAAUUUUUAAUGGAU